GCCGAGCUGAGCGCGCAGCUGAGCCGCCGGCUGGACAUCAACGAGGGCGCCGCGCGGCCCCGGCGCUGCAGGGUCUUCAACCCCUACACCGAGUUCCCGGAGUUCAGCCGCCGCCUCAUCAAGGACCUGGAGAGCAUGUUCAAACUAUAUGACGCCGGACGGGACGGCUUCAUCGACCUCAUGGAGCUGAAGCUGAUGAUGGAGAAGCUGGGGGCCCCGCAGACCCACCUGGGCCUGAAGAGCAUGAUCAAGGAGGUGGACGAGGACUUCGAUGGCAAGCUCAGCUUCCGCGAGUUCCUGCUCAUCUUCCACAAGGCGGCAGCAGGGGAGCUGCAGGAGGAGAGUGGGCUGAUGGCGCUGGCCAAGCUGUCUGAGAUCGACGUGGCCCUGGAGGGCGUCAGAGGUGCCAAGGACUUCUUCGAAGCCAAGGUCCAAGCCUUGUCCUCUGCCAGCAAGUUUGAAGCGGAGCUGAAAGCCGAGCAAGAGGAGCGGAAGCGAGAGGAGGAGAAGAGGAGGAUCCGCCAGGCAGCCUUCCGGGAGCUCAAGGCCGCUUUCAGCACAUAGUCUGGCGACCUUGACUUCUGUGCGCUGCUGUGCCUCACACAUGCCCCGGGGAGAGCCGGCCCCCCGGCAUCCUCACCUCUGCUGACCCCUCACCCCAACCAACCUCCAUACCCACCGCCUAAUGCAAACUCUUUAGCCUCAGAGGGGCGGCUUGGGGUGCCUCUCACCCCUUGAGUGGGAGCCCCUCCUGGAGGGUCCUGGGGUAGGCCCGCCUGCCCACCUUCCUCUGCCCUUCUCUGUAGUCAGAAUGUGCCUCUACUUGGCAACCUGUACCUUUUCCUUGUCCCUGUAGCCUUCCACGUCAAAGAGUGGAAAUUAGUUUGUACAGAUACUUCUUUCUUUGGUGGUCCUCAGAGGAGUUAGUCCCUGGGGGGCUGUCAUGUUAAUGGGGUCCGUUUUCUUGGGUAAUUCCCUGCACCUCUCCCGUCAUGGCCUCCAUCCCUUUGUUUCCCACCCGGCUACCCUGUUCUCAUUCCUAGCCCGAUUCUGCCAGUUGCCUUUGCAUUUUUGUCGAUCCUGUGAUGAUGGUAAGGUUUAGAGCAGGCCAGGCUGGACCACUGCCUGUCCCCUCUCCAAAGGGGGGUGUGGCAUGCUGCCGAGAUGACACAAAAUAGUGGAAAGUUAAGAAGAUCUGUUCCUGUCCUCUAGCGUUCUCGCUAGCGCACGGUCUCCAUGCCUGCUCUUGUUCACUCUCCCCAUUUCGGCCUUUUUUCCUGCUCUUAAAUACUGUGCUUCUUAACUGUAAUAAUGAAAGAAUAAUUCGAAGUAAUAUUAAUGAGUAGAAGAAUUCCUGUUAACUCUGAGUCUACGCAAGUUGUAGUACAGCAGACCCCUGGCAUUCCCAAGUGACAAAUCUUCAGCCUUGCGGAAUCCCAAAACUCAUGACUAUCCUCAUCACGUGGUCAGUUUUCAACAUCUGUUUCAAGGCGGUGAAGCUGUUCUUACCUCCAGCACAAAUUUUUAUAUAUUGUGAAUUCUUGGGAUACUCACAAAUACCAGGGGUUUGUUGUAUUUUUAAGAAUAAUUCCUAAUGUCAUAUUUAUGCUCUUUUGUAACCGCUGUCUUUAUAAUAAAGCAUCUGCAUUUCUACUUUACAGCCGUUUCUUUUUAAAUAAACUAUGCAAAUAGACGUUGCCA